UACAUUUGAGCUUCAAAGCGAAUCACGAUGAUUAAGCUGUUCCUUAUUACGUUGCUGUGCGUGGCGAUGUUCGCCGAUUCCCAAGAAGAUCAAAUGAAUGAAAUGGGAACAGGACUAAAGAAAGCAAGCGCUGAUAUGGCUGAACAUGCAAUGGGCAUAAGUCAAGGUAGUCCUUUAUUAAUGCAACAUGCAACAGCAGAAGGAGCAGGAGGUGAUGGGAGAGGAAGAGGAGGAAGACGAAGAGGAAACGGAGAAAGAGAAGGAAGAGGAAGAGGAGGAAGAGGAGGAAGAGGAAGAGGAAGAGGAAGAGGAGGAAGAAAUGGAAGCGAUAACUCAGACGACGAAAAUUAGAUUCUGAUCUCUUCCGGAUACAUGUAUCGUUAUGAAAUACAGAUAAAGGCUUUGACUAGAUCGGCUAAAGGUUAAUUUUCUCUCAACACUAUAGGUAUCACGUAUUUUAAUUAUUCGCACGGCUAAAAAAAAAUCCCGAUAAUUGUAGAAUAAUAAAGUCACUGCAGUAAAUUUUUCAUUGUUUAAACCGA